GGUCGAUUGUUGAUUUUUGGUAGCCUUGUACGCCUUGUAUGCUAGUGUCUAGAGCGCGAGGGCGCGUGUGUUUUGUUCUAAAUAAAAUUGUUUUUUGCUGUUGUGUAUCAGUUUUGGCACCUCCUUGUCAUCACUUCAACCAUGUCAUCCAAGAUCAAGAAAGUGACGGAGGAGGCACGAGAAACAGGAAACCCGGAGCUUGAUCUGGUGGACAUGAAGAUUGAGUCUCUGGAGCAGAUACCAAACUUAUUGCGCAUGACCAACCUGACUCGGCUCAGCCUGAGCCACAACAGGAUCAGCCUGAUUCCGCCUAGUCUGGCCGACCUGGAGAACCUCGAGAUCCUCAACCUCUUCAACAACCACAUCGAAGAGCUGCCCACCUCGCUGUCGUCGCUGCCCAAGCUGCGCAUCUUGAAUCUUGGGAUGAACAAGCUAAGCACGCUGCCGCGCGGGUUUGGAGCUUUCCCCGUGCUGGAGGUGCUCGACCUCACCUACAACAAUCUCACGGAGAACAGCCUACCAGGCAACUUCUUCAUGAUCGAGAGUCUGCGCGCGCUGUUCCUGGGCGAUAACGACCUCGAGUACCUGCCACCUGACGUGAAGCUGCUGAAGAACCUGCAGAUCCUGGUGCUGAGGGAGAACGAUCUGCUGGAGAUUCCCAAGGAGGUGGGCUCGCUGAACCGACUGCGCGAGCUGCACAUCCAGGGCAACCGGCUGACCGUGCUGCCGCCGGAAAUAGGUAAUCUGGAGCUCACGGGCAGUAAGUGCGUGCUGCGUAUGGACGACAACCCGUGGGUGGUGCCCAUUGCCGAUCAGCUGGAGCUCGGUGUCAGCCACGUGAUCGAGUACAUCCGCUCCGACACAUACCGCAUUCUGUACUCGCGGCACAUCGCGGCUGGCGCGCAGCCGGCGCCGCCUAAGGCCGACAAGAGCCGUAAGGUGUCCCGGCUCACCUUCGAGAAGUGAACCAUCUCUGGACAGCGACGUUGACGUGAAGCCGCCUCUUUCGCCGCACGGUAACCCACUCACCAACUGACGGUAUGACCACAGGCGGUCUCUCGGGGCGGUCCACACCCCAGCAGAGAGUGGCCGGGGUCCCACUGUAAACUGCUGCUCGGUGUGUCUUAUCAAUGCGCGUAACGAGACGUUGCCGCCGAGCCGUCGGAGGUAUUUAUUAACGAGUCUCACCAUCACAUUUACAACUGUGGCGCCCCGACUACGCUUGUCCGUCUGUGUGAAUAAUGUGUGUGUAACAGUAGCAGUCUUCCGUCUCUCUUUCUCCGUCUGUACUGGCCUCUGUACCGUGUGGCUGGUCGGUGUGUGACGUGUAUCAUCGCACUGCGUUCGUUCUCCUAUCAGUUCGGUACGGAGGGUCGGGCAGCGAUGAAGUGCCGUGUCACUAAACCGGCCAGUUGUACCGCGAUCCCCGCAGUGCCGAUAGGAAGUCCGGAUCGUGCCCACCGGCCACAGGUCACCGCACUAAUCUAGUCCUGAGGUGUAGUGGGAAUGGGUGACUGACUCACGCCUCACGGUCACUGGCCGGCAGCCCGAGGGCAGCCGCGCGCCCCUCCGGCAGUGACGACACGCCCCGGUCACGUGGUGGGGGAGGGGGGGGGGGCGCAGCCGUCAGAGCGCGGCUGGCCCAUCACUAACCAUCUAUGCAAUUGAGCGCCUGCAGUGCGGCCCGGCACCGCCGGAGUCCGCUACUGGGUGGUACGCGUAGUGCCUGUUAGUGCCGUAAUGCGUGCUGGCGAGAAUGACUCUGUUUUCAGUAAAAGUAUUAACUUAUCCACACGCGAAGCGGCCUCACGGAAGACGCUUUCGCUUUUGUAUUGCAAGUUGUCCGACGUGUGUUAUUGAUUUUAGUAUUUUGUUACCAUUUUCAUCUUCAGAUUUAAAAUUGCUACACAAUUUACGUUGUGGAUGUUCGCGGGCUUUGGUAAUUUGCGAUUUUUGCGACUGGCCUAUUGUGUAUAUUUGCGACUAUAUUCACGGGCCGACAUUAGACAUAUUCUAUAUGCCCCUGCGGGCUCUCUUUAGCUGCCAAAGGUAGCCCUAUUGCGCUGGUGUCGUAUAUGUGUCUUAGUCAGAUGCUGCCCCGUCGGCCCGGUCAACUGCGCUUGACGUCGGCUCUCGCCUUAUUGGCUUGGUGCUAAUGCUUUGAUAGUGGCUUAUUUAGCGAAGGAAACGUAGAGUGCCUCCGAUGGCUGUUUUGCUUGUGAAUGUGAGACUGUAUUGACGCUUGUCUUCCUUUGAUAUCGUGCUCUCUGUUAACGUAGUAUUUAACUGUUCAACGACUGGAAAAAUGAUAACAAUUUAAUUUGAAUAUACUAAAACCUAACAAA